AUGAAUUUGUUAAACUCUCAUCUACUUUCCUAUCUUGUUCCAAGGAAUUUGAAUUCUAAUUGGAACUUAGGGUUUAUAGUCGGUUUUGUAUUUGUAUUUCAAAUACUAUCAGGACUUUUGUUGACAUUUUAUUAUGUUCCUGGAAGCGUUGAUUCUUUUGAAUGUGUAAUUAGAGUGCUUGCUGAAGUCAAUAUGGGUUGGGCAAUGCGUUAUUUUCACGCUCAAUGUGUUUCUUUUUGUUUCUUUUUCAUGAUGCUACAUAUGCUAAAGGGAUUGUGGUACUCAAGCAGAUAUCUACCAUGGUCAUGGUAUUCUGGAAUGGUUAUAUUUAUUUUAAGUAUGGCUAUUGCUUUCUUAGGUUAUGUUCUUCCUUACGGACAAAUGAGUUAUUGGGGAGCAACAGUUAUUAUAAACUUGUUCUACUGGUUCCCAGAUUUAGUCGCUCUUGUUUUGGGUGGUUAUGGAGUUGCAUUUCCAACUCUACAAAGAUUUUACAUAUUACAUUUCAUAUUACCUUUUGUAUUGUUAAUUGUUGUUUUAAUUCAUAUUUAUUACCUUCACAGGUCUUCAAGUACUAAUCCUUUGUCAGGAGUAGAUUCUUGGUUAGUUUCAAGAUUUUAUCCAGUAAUUAUAUUCAGUGAUAUUAGAAUGCUAACAAUGUUGUUUAUAUUGUUAGGUGUUCAAUUAACUUAUGGAGUAAUACCUUUAUUCCAAGGAGAUUGUGAUAAUUCAAUUAUGGCAAAUCCUUUGCAAACUCCAAUGCAUAUAGUACCAGAAUGGUAUCUAUUAACUUUUUAUGCUACUUUAAAGAUGUUCCCAAGUAAGAUGGCAGGAUUAAUUGCUAUGGGAAUUUUAUUAGAAUCUAUAAUUUUAAUAGUAGAGUCUAGAGCUAUAUGUUCGGUUGUAUCUUGUGUGACGUAUCACAGAUCGUGGACAUCUAUCACUCUACCUAUGAUACCUGCUUUGUUCAUAUUAGGAAGUCUUGGAAGACUAGCUUUAAACAAUGGUUUAAUGUUUAUUGGUAUAUGUUCAGUUUUAAUCGUUCUUUAUGCUUGUAUGAGGUUAUUAGAUUGUGUCAGAAUACGUAUGUAA